CGGGGGCGGGCGCGGGUCGACGUCCUCGACGCUUCCGCAAAGCCAGAUGUCUUCGGCGGGCCCGCAGCUGACGGCCGCCUUCCUGCUGACGGCGGGCCUGGCGGGCGCCAUCGUGACGUGCGCGCUGCCCAUGUGGAAGGUGUCGGCCUUCGUGGGCAACAACAUCGUGACGGCGCAGACCUUCUGGGAGGGCCUGUGGAUGAGCUGCGCGUUCCAGAGCACGGGCCAGAUGCAGUGCAAGCUCUACGACUCGGCGCUGGCGCUGCCGCGGCACCUGCAGGCGGCGCGCGCCAUGACCGUCGCCGCCAUCUUGCUGGCGGCGGCGGGCCUGCCGCUGGCCUUCGCCGGCGGCGAGUGCACCAACUGCCCGGAGGAGAAGAAGGCCCGCGCGGCGGCGGCGGCGGGGGCCCUGGCCGCCGCCGCCGGCGCGCUGCUGCUCGUCCCCGCGUCGUGGUCGGCCCACGACGUCGUCCGAGACUUCUACGACCCGGCGCUGGGCGACGCGCAGAGGCGCGAGCUCGGCGCCGCGCUCUUCGUCGGCUGGGCCUCGGCCGGCCUGCUCCUGAUCGGGGGGGCGCUGCUCUGCCGCCGCCGCCGCCGCGCCUCCCCCCGGGACGCCUCCUACUCGGUCAAGUACUCGGCCGCCGGCGGGGCCGCUUACGUUUGAAUCCCCCUCCGUUCGCCUCCUUUUUAAAUCGGCUCAUCGUUCUUGUUAAUAAAUGUUUUUGUU